CUUUCUAACUCCGCUGCCGCCAUGGCUCCUGUGGUUAGUAUGGCUCCGCGUGAGGCCUCGGCUCCAGGGGAGGCACGUGGGCCUCGCCGAGCCCGGCAUCUACCCAGGCUCGCUGGGGACGGCGCCCUGCAGCGUCCUGCUGGGGUGGGCUGGCAGGUCGGCCGGAGCGGGCCAGAGCCCCUGCCGAUCCCAGCACGUUGUAGGCGGAGGAGGCCGCGGCCCGAGGCUCGUGAGGGAGAUCCGGGAGGUCUCGGAGGCCCGGGGCCCCAGCUAGGGGCUAGCGGGGAGCUGGAGCCUGGAGACUGCGGUCUGGGCCGGCCACUGGUCCUCGGACCCCGGCCGGGGGCCUGAUUACCUGGGUGGAGGGCGGGGAAGAAGAACGAGACCUGCUACCCUGGGGAGCCGCGCAUUCGGAAGUCCACGGCCAAGACUCGGGGACGAAUCCGCGGAAGGGCGGCUUGGUCGGCGUGCUUUCGGAGAGGAGGCCUGGGUUUGAGGAGCUUUUUAGCGUCCCCAGAGGAAAUUAGUUUAUCAGGGCGCACUGUACAGACCCAAACGGGUGUUACAGUGGUGUAGGGAGAAGGCUCUCGUUGCAUUCUCCUUUAGCUAUGCUGGGACUGGGCUGUGCGGCGCCCUCCUCCUAGGUUAUUUGAGAAAGUUGUUUUUCCGUGUUCUUCGUCCCAAGAUCCUACUUUUCCUCUUUUGUUGGGACUCCCUGGUUAACAUUUCCGGUUCUUCUGCUCUUUCUGUCUGGUUGAGCUUUUGAAUGCCUUUUGGUUUAAAACCUUGAUGGAGAAGUAUCAAGCCCAUUGUGGAAAAAGCUUGUGGUGAAGGGGGGCAAAAAAAAGAAGCAAGUUCUGAAGUUCACUCUUGAUUGCACCCACCCUGUAGAAGAUGGAAUCAUGGAUGCUGCCAAUUUUGAGCAGUUUUUGCAAGAAAGGAUCAAAGUGAACGGAAAAGCUGGGAACCUUGGUGGAGGGGUGGUGACCAUCGAAAGGAGCAAGAGCAAGAUCACCGUGACAUCCGAGGUGCCUUUCUCCAAAAGGUAUUUGAAAUAUCUCACCAAAAAAUAUUUGAAGAAGAAUAAUCUACGUGACUGGUUGCGCGUAGUUGCUAACAGCAAAGAGAGUUACGAAUUACGUUACUUCCAGAUUAACCAGGACGAAGAAGAGGAGGAAGACGAGGAUUAAAUUUCAUUUAUCUGGAAAAUUUUGUAUGAGUUCUUGAAUAAAACUUGGGAACCAAAAUGGUGGUUUAUCCUUGUAUCUCUGCAGUGUGGAUUGAACAGAAAAUUGGAAAUCAUAGUCAAAGGGCUUCCCUUGGUUCGCCACUCAUUUAUUUGUAACUUGACUUCUUUUUUUUUUCUGCUUAAAAAUUUCAAUUCUCGUGGUAAUACCAGAGUAGAAGGAGAGGGUGACUUUACCGAACUGACAGCCAUUGGGGAGGCAGAUGCGGGUGUGGAGGUGUGGGCUGAAGGGAGUGACUGUUUGAUUUUAAAAAGUGUGACUGUCAGUUGUAUCUGUUGCUUUUCUCAAUGAUUCAGGGAUACAAGUGGGCUUCUCUCAUUCGUUAAAAGAAAACGCGACAUCUUUCUAAGAUUCUCUGUGGGAAAAUGACUGUCAAUAAAAUGCGGGUUUCUGGGCCA